AUGCAUCUCUUCUCCCUGUUAGCCUUCACAGCCUGCUGCGCCGUUAUUUCUGGGUCAGCUGAAAACAGUUGCCAUGAGGAACUGGCUCGUCUGCAGGAGCAGGAGAACACACUGAGGAGGAAGCUACAUGAACAAGAAGUCCUUCUCCAAAGAAUGCAGCAAAACAGCCAACCUGGCACAGCUGACCAACCCAGACCUGCACCGAGCCAGGACUCUACGUUCUCUGACUGCUCUCAGAUCUACACUGCUGGCUUCAAACACAGCGGCGUGUAUCGAAUCAGACCAAGUGACAGUCCUGCUCCUGUCAGGGUCUACUGUGACAUGAGUGAUGGAGGUGGAUGGACUGUGAUCCAAAGACGCACCAAUGGAAAUGUGAAUUUCAACAGACCAUGGAAUGAAUACAAGGCAGGAUUUGGGGAUAUGGAUGCUGAAUCAGGAGAGUUCUGGCUUGGAAAUGAUAAUCUGCACUUCAUCACUACACAAGGCAAUUAUUCGCUGAGAAUACACCUGGAAGACUUUGAUCUAUACCAGCGAUAUGCUGAGUACAAGAACUUCAAGGUUGCAGACGAACAGGAUCAUUACAGGCUCUCAUUUGGAGUUUAUGUGGGCACGGCUGGAAAUUCACUCGCUGGAAACUAUGAGCCUGGUGUGUCAGACUGGGCCAGUCAUCAGGGAAUUAAAUUCAGCACCUUCGAUAAAGACAAUGAUAACUACCGGGGCAACUGUGCAAAGGAAGACAAAGGAGGCUGGUGGUUUAAUAAGUGCCACUCAGCUCAUCUGAAUGGCUUUUAUCACCAGGGUGGCCACUACAGUGGGAUCACUGACGAUGGUGUUGUCUGGUACACAUGGAAAGGCUGGUGGUAUUCUCUAAAGACAACAGUCAUGAAGAUUCGCCCUGAAGACUUCUCCGUUGACCCAGUCGAUGACCCCAAUGCAGUUUUGCAAUCUCUUCUCUAAUUGUGCCGUCAUGAGGAUGUUUCAUACAAGGCCUGUUUGCAUUCUCUGAUGAUGUGGUUGUUUAUAUCCAUAAUGUGGAUGUGUGUAUACACUUUAAUCAAACGUUUCAAGCUUUUGUAGACGGACAAACCACGACAGCACAUGUGCUGGAUGAGAAACUGACGGAUCAGCAUUUGAAAAGCAGAAGUGCAGUUUAAGGAGUUUGUGCAGAGAAAAGUGGUUAGCAGUUCAGUUUCAUUUCACAAACAACUAUAGAAAUAUAACAAAGUCAUAUUAUAUAGUAUUUGACUGCUGUUAAACUGUCAAAAACAUACUACAUAUAU